UCAGCCAUAUUCCCGUUGAUCAACCACACCGGUGGCCCGCCUGGAAAGCACCGAAAAAAACGGAUCUAAACCGACCAGCACGCUCUCCUGCGGUGUCCUAGGGCGCUGUCGACCUAAGUGACUCGGUCCCGUUGGAGCCGGGCGGGGUCCCGAGCUUUUAGGCCGCUGGCCAACAUGCAGCAGCGGCGGCUAACGUGAGGCGACAUCGCGGCAAGGAAAAGUCCAGAUUUGUGGUGGGAUUAAAGCACACUCCGGCGCGGGCCCGUCGGUUGAACAGGUCGACACACGACGGACUGACGGUACCGUUGGUGAGCCACGAAGACGCCGCAGUGUCGGGAAUGUUUUCGCGAAGCUAGGGAGAAGGCGGCUAGCGGAGCUUAGCAGCGAACGGAGCCUAAAAAGGAGGCUAAAAGGCGUGAGAAUGUCCGCCCAAGUCCGCCUGAAGCGGCUCGAGGAGAUGCUGCUGGAGCGGAAGAUGUCGGAAUGUUUGAGCGUGGAGACCCUGCUGGACCUUCUCAUCUGCGUGCACAGCGAGUGCUCCAACUGUUCCCUCAGGAGGGAGAAGCACGUCACCGACUUCCUGGAGUGGGUCGCACCCUUCACAUCCGCCGUCAAAGACAUGCGACUGCACAGAGACGAUUUUGAGAUGUUGAAGGUGAUUGGACGAGGAGCUUUCGGCGAGGUUGCCGUGGUGAAGAUGAAGCACACAGAAAGAGUUUAUGCCAUGAAGAUUCUCAACAAGUGGGAGAUGUUAAAGCGAGCAGAGACGGCGUGUUUUCGUGAGGAACGUGACGUGUUGGUGAAAGGAGACAGCCAAUGGAUCACUACGCUGCACUUUGCUUUCCAGGAUGACAACUACCUUUACCUUGUCAUGGAUUACUACGUGGGAGGAGAUUUGUUGACGCUGCUCAGUAAGUUUGAGGAUCGCCUGCCAGAGGACAUGGCCAAGUUCUAUGUGGCUGAGAUGGUGCUCGCUAUCUACUCCAUCCACCAGCAGCACUACAUCCACAGAGACAUUAAACCGGACAACGUCUUGCUGGAUGUCAAUGGUCACAUACGGCUCGCAGACUUUGGAUCUUGCCUGCGUAUGAUGGAAGAUGGCACAGUGCAGUCUUCGGUGGCAGUGGGUACUCCAGACUACAUUUCUCCAGAGAUACUGCAGGCCAUGGAGGAUGGGAUGGGCCGCUACGGUCCAGAGUGCGACUGGUGGUCCCUGGGAGUGUGCGUGUACGAGAUGCUUUAUGGAGACACGCCCUUCUACGCUGAGUCUCUGGUGGAAACCUAUGGCAAGAUCAUGAACCAUGAGGAGCGUUUUCAGUUUCCUGCCAACGUGAGCGACGUGUCCGACUCUGCCAAGGAUCUGGUCCAAAGGCUCUUGUGCCCAAGGGAGCAUCGGCUUGGUUUAAACGGAAUUGCCGACUUCAAGAACCACCCCUUCUUCUCCGGCAUCGACUGGGACAAUAUCCGCUCUGCCGAAGCGCCGUACAUUCCAGACGUGUCGUCUCCCACAGACACGUCCAACUUUGAUGUGGAUGAUGACGUCCUGAAGAACCCGGACAUCCGUCCGCCAGUAUCUCACACGGGCUUCACUGGGCAACACCUUCCGUUUGUCGGCUUCACCUACACCACUGAAAGCUGCUUCUCUGACCGUGGCUCCCUCCCCCGAGCAGAACUUUACAGGGAGGAGGGAGGCGGAGGGCAGGAGGUGGAGGCCUUUGAGAAGAGGAUACGCAGUCUGGAGCAGGAGAAGCAGGAACUGAACCGCAAACUGCAAGAGUCCACUCGGGCCCUGCAGGCUCCGCAUUGUGGAGGAACACUGAGUCCAGACAAAGAGAUCAAGAAGCUGAACGAGGAAAUUGAGCGUCUGAAGAAGAAGCUGGCAGACUCUGAUAGGCUGGAGCACCAGCUGGAGGAGGCGGUCACCCUGAGACAAGACUAUGAGAGCUCCGCCUCCAAAGUGAAGAUUCUGGAAAAACAGGUGAAGACCCUGAGACAAGAAAAGGAGGACGUCAACAAGCAGUUGGUGGAGUCUCUUGAGCGUCUGAAGAGCCAGUCCAAAGAACUUAAGGAGGCCCAUUCUCAGAGGAGGUUGGCACUGCAAGAGUUCUCUGAGCUGUCGGAAAGGAUGGCCGAGCUGCGCUCCUCCAAGCAGCGUCUGUCACGUCAGCUUCGAGACAAGGAGGAGGAGAUGGACGUCAUCCUCCAGAAGAUGGAAGUCAUGAGACAGGACAUCCGCAAGACUGAGAAGAAUCGCAAGGAGUUGGAGGCUCAGCUGAACGACGUAAAGGCAGAAGCUUCCAAGGAAAAGAAGCUGAAGGAGCACAGCCAAGUUUACGCCAAACAGCUGGAGACGGAGCUAGAGACUUUGAAGGCAUCCUGGUCUCAGUCUCAACAGGGACGAGGAGCAGCAGCAUGGGGGGUGGAGUCUCAGCAAGAGUUGUCUCGGUUGAAGGCGGAGCUUGACAAAAAGGUUCUGUUCUACGAAGAUGAGUUGCUCAGGAGAGACUCCGCACAUUCUUCUGAAAUAAAGAACCUGAGUAAAGACCUCCAUGACUCGGAAUGUUUGCAGCUUGCCAGCAAUAAAGAGCUGCUGCAGCUCAGGGACAAGUUGGACAAAGACAAGAGGGACAGACAAGCAGAGAUGGACGAAGCAAUUGCUGUCCUGAAAGAGAAACAUGAGCGAGAGAGAAACCUCCAGAUUGAAGAAAAUCGCAAACUGAUGACUGAAACGGACAAGUUGUGUUCCUUUGUGGACAAGCUAACUGCUCAGAAUCGUCAGUUGGAGGAUGAACUUCAAGAUCUGUCCUCCAAAAAGGAAAGCGUCGCUCACUGGGAGGCUCAGAUUGCUGAGAUCAUUCAGUGGGUGAGUGACGAGAAGGAUGCUCGUGGUUACCUUCAAGCUCUGGCCACCAAGAUGACUGAAGAGUUGGAGACACUACGCAGCUCCAACCUGGGAAGCAGACCUUUGGACCCCCUGUGGAAAGUGCGUCGCAGUCAGAAGUUGGACAUGUCUGCUCGUCUGGAGCUGCAGUCUGCUCUGGAUGCUGAGAUCCGAGCCAAACAACUGGUCCAGGAAGAAAUGCGCAAGGUCAAAGCUGCCAACAUGGCACUGGAAAGUAAGCUGAAAGAGUCGGAUGAGAGGAGCAGAGAGAUGGUGCAGCAGAUGGAGAGUCUGAAACAGGAAGUGGACGACACACGAUCACGCUCAGACAAAGCACUGAACCUGCCAGACUUCCAAGACGCCAUCUUUGAAUACUUCAACACAUCUCCGUUGGCGCCUGACCUUACCUUCAAAACAUCUGAUAUAGACUCAACCCCCCUGAGAAGUGAAACCAUGCCCUCCUCACCCUCCACCUCUGAGAACGAAGAUUUGAAGGCGUUUUCAGUCCCAACCAGCCCCUCCCUUACUGACCAAAGUUCUUCAGUGGCCCUGCUAAAGCCCAAAGCUCACCAGCUCAGCAUUAAGACCUUCUCCAGUCCAACACAGUGCACCCACUGCACCUCCCUGAUGGUGGGGCUGAUGCGACAAGGUUAUGCCUGUGAAGUCUGCUCCUUCGUCUGUCACGUGACCUGUAAAGACCACGCUCCCCUGGUCUGCCCUAUCCCAGCUGAGCAUGCUAAGAGACCGCAAGGUGUCGACGUCCUAAGGGGCAUCGGGACCGCUUACAAGGGCUACGUCAGGAUUCCAAAGCCCAGCGGCGUGAAGAAAGGUUGGCAGCGAGCUUUUGCCGUCGUCUCCGACUGCAAACUUUUUCUUUACGAUGUUCCUGAGGGGAAGUCCACUCAGCCAGGAAUGGUGGCCAGUCUGGUGCUGGAUCUCAGAGAUGAAGAGUUCUCUGUCAGUUCUGUCCUGGCGUCCGAUGUGAUCCACGCCACCAGGAAGGACAUCCCUUGCAUCUUCAGGGUGACGUCUCAGCUGAGCUCGCUGCUGUGUUCUGUGUCUCUGCUGGUUCUGGCUGAGAGUGAGGUGGAGAAGAGGAAGUGGGUUCGGAUCCUUGAGGGUCUCCAGAGCAUCCUGAGCAAGAACUCGUUGAACCAGCAGGUCCACGUCCUGCACGAAGCCUACGACGCUUCGUUGCCAAUCAUCAAGAGCACGCUCUCUGCCACCGUGCUUGACCGUGAGCGAGUCGUCCUAGGAACCGAGGACGGACUGUUUGUGGUGGAGGUGACCAGAGACGUGAUCGUGCGAGCGACGGACAGUAAGAAGGUUUGCCAAAUCGAUCUGAUCCCUAAGGAGAAGAUCUUUGCUGUGCUGUGUGGGCGAAACCGCCACGUACAUCUUCAUCCUUGGGGGAUUCUGGAGGGUAGCGAGUCCACUUUUGACAUCAAACUGACAGAAACCAAAGGAUGUCAGGCUCUCACGACUGGUGUCCUGCGGCCUGGCGGAACCGCCUGUCUGCUGGCUGCGGUCAAACGGCAGGUUCUGUGCUUUGAGAUCACGCGUGCUAAACCGCAUCACAAGAAACUGUGGGAGGUGCAGGCUCCUGGCACGGUGCAGUGGUUGGGAAUAGUUUGUGAGCGCCUCUGCGUUGGUUAUCCUUCGGGCUUUGCGCUCCUCGCCCUUCAGGGCGAAUCGUCACCCAUUAGCCUGGUGAGCCCGUCUGAUCCGUCGCUAGCCUUCUUAGCCCAGCAACCUUUGGACGCCCUGCACGCGUUAGAGGUGGGCUCCAGCGAGUUCCUGCUCUGCUUCAGUCAGCUCGGCGUCUUCGUGGACGGUCAGGGUCGGCGUUCACGGACCCAGGAGCUGAUGUGGCCCGCGACCCCGCUCGCCUGCAGCUCUAAUUCCUCCCACCUGACGGCCUACAGUGAGUAUGGCGUGGAUGUCUUCGAUAUUCACACGGCAGAGUGGGUCCAGACCAUCUCCCUAUGCAAGAUCAGACCUCUGAACGUGGAAGGAACUCUCAACUUGAUGACUUCAGAAGCUUCUCGCCUCAUCUACUUCAGCAACGCGUCUUCAGAGGGAGACCUGACCAUUCCAGAGACGUCGGAGCACAGCAGGAAGUUAAUGGUUCGAACUCGCAGCAAGAGGAAGUUCCUCUUCAAGGUUCCUGAGGAAGAGCGACUUCAGCAGCGCAGGGAGAUGCUCAGAGAUCCUGAGUUGAGAUCCAAGAUGAUCUCAAAACCCACAAACUUCAACCACGUGGCUCACAUGGGACCAGGAGAUGGCAUGCAGGUUCUUAUGGACCUCCCCCUGGUUGGUGAUGUGGCCCCCCCAACUCCGUCUCCCUCCCCAUCCUCCACUUCCCGUCACACCCUCAUCUCCUCCCCCUCCCACUUUGAACACGUCUAUCACAUGACAUCGUCGUCAGCUGGCGUCUUCUUGCUGAAAGACUCCGCCUCCUCCUCCCAGCAAAGCCUCCUGCAGCCCUCCUCCUCCUCUUCCUCUCCCUCCAUCUCCUCUUUGGGAAGGGGUGUGAUGUCUUCCUCCCAAGAGGAUGCCAUCAAAGACAAGCCCCGCCCACUGUCCAGUAUCUCUCGGCAGCAAAGGAGCAAGACGUACAUGACCCGUACAGCGUCAGAUUUUGGGGGAGGAGCUACGUCUCGCGGUGCUCUUGAAGUUGACCAGGACUUUGACCAAGAGCCGGACUCUCACUCCACCCCCUCCAACAGCUCCAACCCCAGCAGCCCCAAUUCUCCCCAUCGCAGUCAGCUGAAUUUGGACUCAGAACCUUGACAAACACACACACACACACACACACAACUGCAGGGGCGUGGUUUUCAAUUUUAAUACAAUUUUAUUGUGACGGUGUGAGUAAGCUUCCUGCUCUUUUAUUUUGGUUUUAAGUGUGUGCUGUUGCUAGGAAACACUUCCUUGGCUUAAAUAACUCAAGUUUGUAUUCAUUGAAAACAUUUCCUCUUCGACUUUUUGAGCAGGUGUUAGCUUGCAAACAGCUGUUGCUAACUUCCUGUCUGAAAACAAACACUGUAUUGAAGUUGCACAUUGUUGUAGGGAAAAAUAAUUGAUCGCGGAUCAGUGAUUAUCCUGCGUCCUGCCUUAACCUUUGACCUCAGGGGUCAGGUGGCGGGACUUCUGAACACUACUGCUUAAUUUUCUUUCUCCAGAUCAACCGUUAAAGGAAUCUUUGUAAUGAGAACAUGACAAAUAAAAGAAUCUACUGACAAGUACAAAGAAA